UACGAGUACUUACAAUAUUAGCGUCGUUUCCAACAGCGGAGGGAGCAAAAAUUGGUUUACUGACAGUUUUAAUUUGGCACGGUACUUGUUUACGCGGCAUUACCGGAAAUUGUUAACUGACAAUUUUAGCCGGCGACUGUUUUCGCAUCCAGUUUUGCCUUCGCUUCCUGUUUUUUUUUGGCGUGAGAAACCGGAGCCCAGCUAGAUAAAAGGCAACAAUGGGUUUUCUGCUGCGAGUGUGGUUACUGGUGACGUUGCCGUUGCGGCUCGCCUUAGAGCUCGUUCCACACGUACGUUUACCAUCCGGAAGAAGAACCCGACCCGGUACCGCCAACUCCCUACAGCGCUAACAAAAACGGCCACCUCGACGACAUGGAUCUGUCGGCGGAGAAACGGAGCAAACUGGAGGAACGUCAUGAAUUCUGGUGGGGCACCAAUCGCGACGCGCCGUCACGGAUCCGGCGGAAAGUGCAGGGACUGCGCAGUAUGAACAAAGUCCGGCUGCAGUUGGUCUGCGAUACGUACUACCGGCAUGUAUUGGGGCGGGAUCAACUGCACAGUGUGGAUACGUCGGAUACAGCGACGCCGCUAUUGGGUGCACGCAUCUGUGAGGUGGGCUGUGGAGGCGGUCUACUGGCGGAGGCGCUCGUACAGCUGGGCGCGGAUGUGGUAGCCAUUGACUGUGAUGAGUACGAUGUCUUGACGGCCAAAGCGCAUUGGCGGGAAACGCAGGGCCGCGAUAGAAUAGGUCCCUCGUACCACAACGCCAGCGUCAAGGAAUUCAGCCAGGCCCAUCCCGGUGAAUUCGACAUGGUCAUCUGUUCGGAGCAGCUGCAGUACCAGCACAUCAACGGACUGGAGUACGUCCCGUACAUCUGCAAACUGGUCCGCGACGGCGGCUGCGUCUUCUUCACCACCAACAACCGCUCCCUGCCGGCUCUCCUCUUCAUCAUCGGCUGGAUGGAGCACGUGGCCGGGACGAUGCCGGCCUUCACCCAUCGUUUCCACCGCUUCAUCAAACCCGAUGAGAUUGCUGAUGUGGUACGGCGCUGCGGAUUCGAGACGAUCAACGUGGCCGGGUUUAUUCCGCUGGGGAUGACCGCCCGUCUGAAAUGGCGGAUGCAGUGGUUCCUCACCAGCUUCAUCGGCGUAUGGUAUGCCCUCAUUGCGAAAAAGGCCGAACAUGUCUACGGUGGUCAAUAAAAAGGAGAUUAUUUAUUUAAUUAUUCCACAAUUGUUAAGUGCCAUUGUAGUUGUUAAAUCAGAAAAGAUUAUACGAGUGCAGAGUGAACUUAACUGAAGAUAUUGUUAAUUCGUUCUUCUUAUAUGAUUGUGUUUGAUUCGUUGGUGGUUACAUUUUUUACUGAAUAAAUAAUAUCCACACACAGUACAUUUCUUCUUGCACGAGGGUUUACUCGUUUUUUGACAAUAUAGUAUGCAUUUAAUUGGACAACAGCUUCUCAAAUAAAAGACCACUGUAGCUCAAUA